AUGUCGCAUUGGGAAAAUGAUCGUAGCGUUUGUCUCUUACCGAUCCCGCAAUUUAAUCUUUUUACGGAGAGGAAACGGGACGUCAAAAUCUAUCUUUCUGGCGCAUUGUUUGCUGUAGGUUGGUGGUUUUUCAUUGAUGCUGCUGUUCUUUCUAGCACCAAGAAAGAUCUACCCGAAGAUUCACCGGUAAUAAGUUUUGCGGAUUGGCUGUGUGGGAUUUUUAGUACUCUGGGAAUGAUAAUUGUUUGCUUUAUCAACAAAUCUCACCUGGUAGCUGACGAUAUUACUUAUACCGGAUCUGGAGUCGCAACAAGGGCUCGUACCUUAUUAUUUAUUGGCUUUGCGUUGAUGGCAGGUGGUCUGGCCGGAUCUAUGACCCUAUUAAUCCUUAAACAUGUCGUAUCCGAGUAUGAAACAUACAUUUAUUUCGGAAUCGCCGUUGUUGUACAGAAUUUUUUAAUCAUGCUCAGUUCCGCUUUACUCUGGAUCGCGCGAGAUACCGAUAAUGAAUACAGUUAUACUGAAUUUCACUUGUAG